CACCUCCAAGGUCAGCGAGCCGGGCAUAGCCUCAUAUCAUUCUCCUUUUCUUAGGGUUAGGGUUUCGAUGAGCCAUUCCCUCUUUCGCAAUGGAAUCGUGUGAUGCGGCUGUGCCCUUUAUCCUUCUGUGGUCUUUGAUCCGCGCCGGUGGGUCGUCGCCGGCGGCGUCUAGCUCCUGCUCCGACGCCGCUCGAUCUCGCUUCUUGAGGGAUUAUGUUGCGAGGUUUACUAAUGCGUUCUUGUGGGUCGCGCUUAUCUCUGUCACAGUGUUUCUUGCGCGGAAGCUUGCGCGGUUGGUGAGGCUCUGGAACCUUGGGAACAGGAUCCCUGGUCCGCCAGCUCCGUCUUUCUUCGGAUACUUGAAGGGUUUCUCUAGUCUCGGAUCUGACGGAAAUCUCACUGGUUACCUAGCGACGUUGCAUGCUAAGUAUGGACCGAUUGUCAGACUAUGGUUAGGACCUAUGCAGCUUCUUGUAUCUGUGAGGGAGACAUCCAUGAUCGAGGAGGUUCUUGUGAAGGCCGAGGAUAAGCUGCCAUUGACUAGGAGAGUGUUUCGAUUGGCUUUUGGGCGAUCUCAGCUCUUUGCUUCUUCCUUUGAGGAGGUGCAUAAGAGAAGAAAAUCGUUAGCGGCAUGUUUUAAUGGGAAGCUACUUGACAGGGUGAAUACAGUUGCCCCAAAGGUUGUAAAAUGUGUUAUGGGAAGAGUUGAUUCUAUCAUGGCAAAGGGUGUGCUUGAUUGUAGAUCAAUAUCUCAGCAUAUAGCAUUUGCUUUAUUUGGAACAACACUCUUUGGAGAUGCAUUCUUGUCUUGGUCAGAUGCAAUCUUUUAUGAGGAGAUUCUUAUGUUGAUUGCUAAGGAUGCUUGUUUUUGGGCCUCAUACAAUGUCCCUCCUGUUUGGAGGAGACGCUUCUGGACAUAUCAAUCUUUGUGCAAGGAAGCCAAGCAAUUGACUCUGGACAUAAUUCAACAUAGUAAAAGCUAUGCUGAAAGUAAUGAAACAGUCGAUGCCACUAGUCUGCUUGAUGAUGGGAUUUCAAACAAAUUUCUUUUGGAAGAGAUAGUGGGGCAUCAUGGCUCAGAAGAUGAACAUUGUGGAGACAUACUUGGUAUGAUGUUCCAUGGUUGCCUGGCUACUGCAGGCUUGAUUUGGAGCAUCUUAACAAGGCUAGCCUUGUAUCCUGAACUACUAGAAAAGAUGUAUUCAGAAAUUGAUAGAGUGCAGAAUGGUUCCUCUAAUCCUGAGAUAUAUGAUGUGAGAAAUAUGCAUUUUUUGCUGGCUACUGUGUAUGAAUCAGCUCGUCUUUUGCCUGCGGGAUCUUUACUUCAAAGAUGUUUAGUAAACUGUGACUUGAGUCUGGAGACUGGCAUUACUGUUCCAGCAGGUGCAAUCAUUGUUGUUCCGCCACAGCUCGUGCAUUUGGAUAACUCUAUUUGGGGUAAAGAUGCAUGCCAGUUUAAUCCUAAUCGCUUCUUAUCAAAGGCCCUCCUCUGCCAUGGACAUAGUCGUGUUGGAGGGAAACCUGAUCCAAUGUCAGUGACUUCACUUGAAGGCACAUCUCAAGACUGCCAAGAGUCUGAAGAAACGACAUUUAGGUUCAAUGCACCUAAUAAAAAUAUGUUUCUUUCGUUUGGUUCUGGCACACGAGCAUGUGUUGGCCAGGAGUUCACGGUGCAUGGGAUUUCAACAUUAUUGGCAGCAUUACUUCAGGAAUAUGAGGUGAGGAUUCAAGCUUGCGCUGAAAACAGUCCAAAACCUGCAGCAGAUGACUUCCUCCUCAAUCAUCUUCCAAACCCAAAGAUCUUCUUUGUUAAAAGAAACAAGAGCUGAACAAAGUUGAUACUCCAUACAAAGUUACUUCCAAUGUGUUUUUUCUCUGGUGUAACAUCCAGGGUGUACAUGGACUACUAUUGGCAUCAUAUCUACUGAUAUCUCUGCUUUUCCUCCCAGUUUUUAGCAGCUUCAGUGCUUUUCCCUUGCUCCUCUCCAGAGUUUGGAAGCACCCUAAAAGCUGUCAUCUAUCAUUGGAGCUGGGUCACAUUUUGGUCCUUUUUUGUCUUUUGGCUUUUUUUCCUCUACAAAGGGGUUGAAAUUUCAUGUUGUGAUUCUGCCAGACUUUUGUAUUACAAGAAUAAUGUAAAAACUGUUCCACUGUUACCAUGGUUGUGAAUUUCUAUGGUUUGGACUGUCA